AUGAUACACGGGAUCGUGGAGCUCACCGAGGAACAAGAGCAGGCCACCAAAAUUCACAAGAGGAUGGAAGAACAGGUAAAGAGAUACAGAUCAUUAGGCCACACAGUCAACCUCGUCACUUCGGAGGAAAGACGCUAUCCAGCCUUUGCAAUCACCUUCACCGAAGAUGACUUGCGGGGAGUACACCUGCCCCAUGACGAUCCUCUAGUUAUUUCACUGCAGGUCGACCAUUGCCAGCUGGGAAGAGUUCUAGUCGAUGGGGGCAGUGGGGUUGACAUUCUCUUCUGGGAAGCCUUCCAGAAGAUGGGACUCGAAGAAAAUCAGAUCAGGACCUCUACUGCACCAAUUUUGGGAUUUAACAGCCAGAGGGUAUACCCGAAGGGCGUUGUUCAAUUAACCGUGAUAGCCGCAAAACGCACCUUGCUUGUGGACUUCCUCAUCAUGGAUUCCAUCACAAGCUAUAACGCCAUCAUGGGAAGAAGUUGGAUCCACCGAAUGGUCUCGACUUUGCAUCAAGUUAUGCGGCGCCACUCACCCAAUGGACGGUAUACCAUCGACAUAAAAGGAUGCCAGAAGCAAGCCAAGAAAUGCUUCCUUACCCUGAAAGAAAUAAAUGAUUCUGGCACCUCCCCUCCUGAAGACAAUCCCAACAAAUAG